AUGGCAUCAUUUAGAUUUUGCGCAGAAUGUAAUAAUAUGUUAUAUCCAAAAGAGGAUAAAGAAGGUCAAAGGUUAUUAUACGCAUGUCGUAAUUGUGGAUAUACAGAAUUGGCAGAAAAUCCAAAAGUUUAUCGUCAUGAAUUAAUUACUAAUAUUGGUGCUACUGCAGGUGUGGUUCAAGAUAUUGGUAAUGAUCCAACUUUACCUAGAUCAAAUAAAGAAUGUCCUGAAUGUGGGAAUCAUGAAUGUGUGUUUUUCCAAAGUCAACAAAGAAGAAAAGAUACUAGUAUGAUUUUGUUUUUUGUUUGUUUGGAUUGUAAACAUGUCUUCCAAGCUUAA